GAUAACUCAUGUAGAAAAGGCUUUUCCACACUCUGCAUUCACAGACAUUUCAAGCCCAAUGAAUAGAGAGUAUCCUGUGUGUAUACUCCUUAAUACAUUUCUUUUCACAUGUCUUGACCUACUGUUAAUGUACUAGCUUAUAAGAGACAAUAUAAGAUGAAUUGAAGAAGAUAAUUCUUCCUUUUUGUACCUAGAGUAAUUAGAAGGAAUGAAUUAGACACACUCUGCUCAUAAUCUUAAUUAAUAUCUUUACAAUUUACAUCUCAGCUGGAAAAUCAGGAAUGACUAAGGCAAAUCACUCCUUGACAACUGAAUUCAUCCUCAUAGGAUUCACAGAUCACCCAGACCUGAAGAUCCUGCUGUUUAUCAUGUUCUUUGCUGUCUACCUUAUCACCAUGGUGGGGAACCUAGGUUUGGUGGCCUUGAUUUACAUGGAGCAUCGUCUUCACACACCAAUGUACAUCUUUCUGGGCAACCUGGCUCUGAUGGACUCCUGCUGUUCCUGUACCAUCACUCCCAAGAUGUUAGAGAACUUCUUCUCUCAGGACAGAAGGAUUUCCCUCUAUGAGUGCAUGGCACAGUUUUAUUUUCUCUGUCUUGCUGAAACUGCAGACUGCUUUCUUCUGGCAGCAAUGGCCUAUGACCACUAUGUGGCCAUAUGCAGCCCGCUGCAGUACCACACCAUGAUGUCAAAGAGACUCUGCAUUCAGAUGACUAUUGGGAGCUUCAUAGUUAGUAAUCUUCACUCUAUGAUUCAUGUAGGACUUCUGUUAAGGUUAACUUUCUGCAGAUCUUAUCAAAUUGAUCACUUUUUUUGUGACAUUCUUCCACUGUAUAGACUCUCCUGCACAGAUCCUUUUAUCAAUGAACUAAUGAUAUAUAUUUUUUCAAUGCCAAUUCAAAGCUUUACCAUUGCUACUGUCUUGAUUUCUUAUCUCUGGAUUCUUUACACAAUUUUCCAAAUGAAAUCUAAGGGAGGUAGAGGUAAAGCAUUUUCUACCUGUGCAUCCCACUUUCUCUCUGUCUCAAUAUUCUACAUUUGUCUUCUAAUGUAUAUUCGACCAUUUGAAGAAGGUGAUAAAGAUAUACCAGUAGCAAUAUUUUAUACAAUAAUAAUUCCAUUAUUAAACCCUUUUAUAUAUAGCCUGAGAAAUAAGGAGGUAAUAAAUGCUCUAAAAAAGCUAUCAGUACAGUUCGUAAUAGCUAAAACUUGG